CUCCCGGAGGCCCCGGUGAUUCUGCCACAGCCUCGGCCUCCGUCGCUCCGUGAGCUGCGGGCAUCGGAUGAUUCGUAGCUAAGACUCCGCGACACCCUGAAGCCCAGAAAUGAAACUCUUAACAUUCAGGGAUGUGACCAUAGAAUUCUCUCCAGAAGAGUGGAAAUGUCUGGACCCUGCCCAGCAGAAUUUAUAUAAAGAUGUGAUGUUGGAGAACUACAGAAACCUGGUCUCCCUGGGUGUUGCUAUCUCUAACCCAAGCCUGGUCACCUGUCUGGAGCAAAGAAAGGAGCCCUUCAAUGUGAAGAUACGUAAGACAGUAGCCAGACCACCAGCUAUGUGUUCUCCUUUCACCCAAGACCAUUGGCCAGUGGAGGGCAUAGAAGAUUCAUUCCACAGACUUAUACUGAGAAGAUAUGAGAAGUGUGGACAUGAGAAUUUACAAUUAAGAAAAGGCUGUAAAAGUUUGAAUGAGUGUAAGGUGCAGAAAGGAGGUUAUAAUGAAUUUAAUGAAUGCUUGUCAACUACCCAGAGCAAAAUAUUUCAAUGUAAAGCACGUGUCAAAGUUUUUGGUAAGUUUUCAAAUUCAAACAAAUGUGAGACAAGACAUACUGGAGAGAAACCCUUUAAAUGUAAAGAAUGUGGCAAAUCAUUUCAGAAGUUCUCUCAGCUAACUCAACAUAAGGGAAUUCAUGCUGGAGGGAAACUCUACACAUGUGAAGACUGUGGCAAAGCCUUUAAAUGGUCUUUAAUAUUUAAUGAACAUAAGAGAAUUCAUACUGGAGAGAAACCUUUUACAUGUGAAGAAUGUGGCAGCAUCUUUACCACAUCCUCACACUUUGCUAAACAUAAGAUAAUUCAUACUGGAGAGAAACCCUACAAAUGUGAAGAAUGUGGCAAAGCCUUUAAUAGGUUUACAACCCUUACUAAACAUAAGAGAAUUCAUGCUGGAGAGAAGCCCAUCACAUGUGAAGAAUGUGGCAAAAUCUUUACCUCAUCCUCCAACUUUGCCAAACAUAAGAGAAUUCAUACUGGAGAGAAGCCCUACCAAUGUGAAGAAUGUGGCAAAGCCUUUAAUAGGUCCACAACUCUUACUAAACAUAAGAGAAUUCAUACUGGAGAGAAACCCUACACAUGUGAAGAAUGUGGCAAAGCAUUUAGACAGUCCUCAAAACUGAAUGAACACAAGAAAGUUCAUACUGGAGAGAAGCCCUACAAAUGUGAUGAAUGUGGCAAAGCCUUUGGGCGGUCCAGAGUCCUGAAUGAACAUAAGAAAAUUCAUACUGGAGAAAAACCCUACAAAUGUGAAGAAUGUGGCAAAGCCUUUAGACGGUCCACAGAUCGGAGUCAACAUAAGAAAAUUCAUAGUGCAGAUAAACCCUACAAAUGUAAAGAAUGUGACAAAGCCUUUAAACAGUUCUCACUCCUGAGUCAACAUAAGAAAAUUCAUACUGUAGAUAAACCCUACAAAUGUAAAGAGUGUGACAAAGCCUUUAAACGGUUCUCACACUUGAAUAAACAUAAGAAAAUUCAUACUUGAGAGAAAUCCUAUAAAUUUAAAGAAUGUGGGCAAAGCCUUUGGAUGGUCCACAAAACUGAAUGAACAUGAGAAAAUUUAUACUGGAGAGAAACCCCGGAAGUGUCAACUAUGAAGUUCUUUACCUCAUUCUCAAACCUUGCUAAACAAGAUAAUUCAUACUGGAGAGAAACUACAAAUGGGAAGAAUGUGGCAAAGCCUGUGGAUGGUCCACAAAUCUGAAUGAACAUAAAAAAUAAAAAACAGUUCUCACUCCUGAGUCAACAUAAGAAAAUUCAUACUGUAGAUAAACCCUACAAAUGUAAAGAAUGUGACAAAACCUUUAAAACAGUCCUGACCCAUGAAUAAGAGAAAAUUCAUACUGAAGAUAACCCCUGCAAAUUUGAAGAAUGUAGCAAAGCCUUUCAAUGGUCCACAAUCGUGAAUCAACAUAAGAAAAUUUGUAAGGCCAGGUGUGGCGGCUCAUGCCUGUAAUUCCAGCACUUUUGGAGGCCAAGGUGGGCAGAUCACCAGGUCAGGAGAUCAAGACCAUCCUGGCCA